AUGCGUGCACGUCACAGAUGUGAGAGGGAUGUGCGGCGCCAGCGGCUGGCGGGUGGCUACGAGGAGGAGAAUGGCGUCCGCCCGUACGCUGCCUUCCUGCACUUCACAGAAGACAUUCACUGUUCCGGAGCCAUUGUGUCAGCCACAUCCGAGCUCACUGCCGCUCACUGCUACAUCGACACCGAGAAUGUGACGAACGCAUACGUAUUCGCGGGCAACGUGUGGUUCAGAAACAAGGAGGACUUCGAGCCACCGACGCAGACCCGACGACUGAAGUUGUGCCGAAGUUACAAUGCACUGGCCGUCCGCGAGUUUGACAUCAUGAUAUGCCGCCACGAGCAACCGUGGAACUUUGACAAGUACUUCGUGUCACCUGUGCAGAUCUUCAUGUUCACUGAGAGGUUGAACCCUGCUUUCAAGCUGAGGUGCCAGGUGGCCGGCUUUGGGAGGAAGGAGACCGGCCUCGCGGUGGGCUACCUGCAUGCUUACCGGCAGGUCAUGGAGACCUGGAGGGCCUGCCGGGACUUUGCCAGCGAGCAGUUCAUGUGUACCACAGACACUAGGAACAAGACGAUGUGCAGCGGCGACGCGGGAGGGCCUGUGGUGUGCCUUGUCAACCGGCGUCUCCAGCUAUUCGGCCUGCUGUCGGCUAGCUCUGCGCCAGAAGAGGAGUGUUGUGAGACGCCGGUAGCGUGGAACUUAGUCACCUUCCUCGGAUUCUUCCGGCCCAAGAAGUGA